AAUGUACCAAAAGGGAUUGCCCAACUAGAUCUAGGAAACAAUGAAUAAAGAAAUAUAAAUAUAAUAUAAAGAAUAAUAAAGAUUACUAACACUACUAGCUCAAAAAAAAUUGACCAAUUAAGGAACAGAGAUUCACUUUAGUAUAUAGUCAAAAUUAUUAAUUAUAGGGUUUAUCUUAGAGUUAUAGUUAUGGAAUCAUGAAUACUGA